AUGAAGGAAAACUAUGGAAAGGAGAAAAUCACGAGCACAAAGGAAAAGAAACCACGCAAAGGGACUACGGUUAAACCGUUGGAAUUGAUAGAAGUGACUGCACGUAUAGAACAGUUGGAGGAAGAUCUACGAGAACUGCAACGCAGCACUCAAAAGCUACUGAGUCGAACGAGAAACGUCCUACUGCAUAACUUUGCGGAGCCAAUGAUUCACGAUACUAAAGCGCGACGAGAGGUGAAUCGCAGACACGUUCAAGCUGUUUUCCGACUGGCUGGUGUACCGGCCAAUACGCCUUAUAUUAACUGGGUACUACCCCAAGCUGGUGCAUAUCGCCUCUUUGUUCCAGAUUCGUUUGGUUUGGGCCUGACGAAGGCUUGGAAUCCUCACCCGCAAUGGAAGAUUUGGCUCCGGCUAUGGUUGUUGGGCACGGUUGUUUCCACCGUUUUGACUACACGCGUCCGCGUUGAGGACCAGGUUGAGGAUCACAUUCCCUGCCUCACCUACAUGGUGAUUUAA